CGCGAUGACUAUCAAUCCGAGCUGUUGCUCUUGCAACUCCAGCCAGCAACGAUGGGCAAAAUCUAACGGGCCUGGCAGCGCCACUGGCCCUUUCCGAAUUGAUAUGCACACGCAUAUUAUGCCUCCAAAUUUGCCCGACUUCUCCAAGUUGUAUGGUUCACCAGAAGAGAAUGGAGCAGACUGGAUGACGCUUCGGUCACAUUUUGUCUCUAGUGAUGGCGUCUCUGAUUCGACGGGCCCAAAGUCAAACAAAGUCGACAUGUACGUCGGAGAGAGGUUCUUUAGAACGGUGGAACCAAAUUGUUUUGAUCCUGUCGUGCGCAUGAAAGAAAUGGAUGCCACGGGGGUAGAUGUCCAGGUCAUCAGUACUGUACCUAUUCUGUUCUCAUACGACAAACCGAUUGAGCCUGCUGCGGCAUUAGCCCGUUACUUGAAUGAUCACAUCGCGUCGGUCUGCCGAGACAACCCACGACGAUUUGUUGGACUUGCUACAGUUCCACUUCAAGAUGUCUCCAGUUCCGUGGCUGAACUUGGACGAGCAAAGUCUGAGCUAGGGCUGAAGGGGGUUGAGAUCGGGACCGAGAUCAAUGGUUGCGCUCUCGAUGACCCUAAAUUCGAUCUCUUUUGGGCAGCAUGUGAAGAUCUGGAUAUGCCAAUCUUUGUACAUCCUCUGGGUUAUGAUUUGGAACGAGAGAACAAGAGCCGAUGGGGUAAUUACUGGUCUGCAUGGUUAAUCGGAAUGCCAAGUGAGACUGCACUCUCAAUCCACGCCAUUCUUUCAUCCGGAAUUUUGGUGCGACACCCAAAACUACGCUUCUGCUUCGCACACGCUGGUGGUGCAUACUUGCCGCUUCUCGGGCGAAUCCAACACGGCUACGAUUGUCGACCAGACCUGGUAGCCCAUCGUUCUGAGGGAGUCUCACCUCAGGAAUAUCUUGAGUCACACCAGCACAAUAUUUGGAUUGAUAGUCUGGUACAUGAUCCAGAUCUACUGCAGCUUAUCUGCAAGAAAAUUGGUCCGGACAGGAUUGUCAUGGGAAGUGACUACCCUUUUCCGCUUGGUGAGAUGCCUAACCCAGGUGAGAUGUUAAGCUGCGAUGCGAAAGUGGGCGAGUUAUUUUCCAGUGAGACGAGGGCACGCAUGCUUGCUGGCAACGCGAUCGAAUUUCUAGGAUUGGGCGAUAUGUACCAGGAGCAUGAGAUUUAGG